CAAGAGUCUUACGGCCUGAGGGAAGAAGCUGUUACAGAACCUGGAGGUUCUGCUACGGAGGCUGUGGAACCUCUUUCUAGAGUCCAGCAGUGAAAACAGUCCUUGGUGGGGUGUGGGUGGCACUGGGAGCAUGUGGGUAAAGUGUCUUGCCCAAGGACACAACGGCAGUGACUAGGAUGGCGGGGAUCGAACCUGGAACCCUCAAGUUGCUGGCACGGCCACUCUACCCACCGAGCUAUACCGCGAGAAGGCUCUGUCCCCUCUGAGCUUGCGCUUUGAUUUGGGUACCUCCAGGAGCAGCCGAUCAGCUGACCCGAGGGCCCGGGUGGGGGCAUAGAGGUGGAGCAGCUCAGAGAGAACUCUGUUCCAUUUGGCUUGUUGGGCAGGGGAGGAACUAUUGGGAGGUUCUUCCUCACAACUUUUCAUCCAGUCGGCGUUUGAGCCACAGACCAAGAAGUUUGCUGAUGAAUCAACACACAACUGAGGUAGAAUGGAUCAGACCAAUUAUCCACACUCUGGAGACGAUGACGACGUUGAUGAGCCGUUCCUCCUUUUUGGUGCGUUGCUGACCAAGGUCAGAGAUGCGAUUGACUCUGCAAUCACCCACUCGCUCCAGAGAGCCGUGCAGGGUGUGGUGGUGUUCUCCGCGGUGGUGCUGCUCCUCUGGACCGCCGCAUUUUUGUACGGCAGCUUCUACUACUCUUACAUGCCACUGGCGGCCUAUUCCACACCUGUGCACUACUACUACAGGACAGACUGUGACUCCCCAAGCUCCUUUGCGUGCUCGUAUCCCUUGGCCAACGUCUCCCUGAUGAGGAACAACAAACCUGUGUUGACAUUUGGCCAGGCCUACCGCAUCCUCCUGCAGCUGGAGAUGCCUGACUCCCACACCAACCAUGACAUCGGCAUGUUCAUGAUCAGGACCACCUGCUUCUCUCGGGGGGGCGGCCAGGUGGCGUCGUCUGCUCGCUCGGCAAGACAGCUGUUGCCUACCUCCAGCUCUCGCUUUAGUAUGCUGCGCUACCAGUCUGACCUCCUGAGGACCAUCUCCACGCUGCUCUUCUUGCCAGCCUUCUUGAGCGGCGUCGUUGAGCAGAAACAAGUGUUAGAGGUGGAACUCUUCGCAGAAUACACUGAAGACCCUUAUUCCCCCUCAGUCAGAGCCGUCAUUGAGAUUCUGUCCAACAAGGCGCAGAUCUACUCCUCACAGCUCUACAUUCAUGCUUACUUCACUGGUAUAAGGUACUUGCUGUUCAACUACCCAGUCCUCUCUGCCCUGCUGGGUGUGGCGAGUAACUUCGUCUUCCUCAGUGUCCUCCUAGUGUUCAGCUACAUGAGGCUGCUUUUAGGUGUGGAAAGGAGACCAGAACAGGCCCAAGUCAACCAAGCAGUCACGGUGACGUCAAACAGCACCCGCCACGGUGAGAAUGACAAUAGUUCAGGCGUUGCAGAGCUACCGGCAGGACAAGCAGCUGGAGGACCGCCAGCAGCACAACAAAUUAGCUAAAGCCUGUGGCCAUUUAUUAUUGUGGCCAAUGAUUUUUUUGGUAGGAAUUCAAGAUCUCUCUCUCUCUCUAUAUAUAUAUAUAUAUAUAUAUAUAUAUAUACACACUACCGUUCAAAAGUUUGGGGUCACCCAAACAAUUUUGUGGAAUAGCCUUCAUUUCUACGAACAAGAAUAGACUGUCGAGUUUCAGAUGAAAGUUCUCUUUUUCUGGCCAUUUUGAGCGUUUAAUUGACCCCACAAAUGUGAUGCUCCAGAAACUCAAUCUGCUCAAAGGAAGGUCCGUUUUGUAGCUUCUGCAACGAGCUAAACUGUUUUCAGAUGUGUGAACAUGAUUGCACAAGGGUUUUCUAAUCAUCAAUUAGCCUUCUGAGCCAAUGAGCAAACACAUUGUACCAUUAGAACACUGGAGUGAUAGUUGCUGGAAAUGGGCCUCUAUACACCUAUGUAGAUAUUGCACCAAAAACCAGACAUUUGCAGCUAGAAUAGUCAUUUACCACAUUAGCAAUGUAUAGAGUGUAUUUCUUUAAAGUUAAGACUAGUUUAAAGUUAUCUUCAUUGAAAAGUACAGUGCUUUUCCUUCAAAAAUAAGGACAUUUCAUUGUGACCCCAUACUUUUGA